AUGACACUUGCCUCCAAAUUCCGCCAUAUACUUACCUGUGGCCGUAAGAAAGAUUCAGGUCCCCCACCAAUAAGCGAGCCACGCACAAAUACUGGAGAUGGCAAUACGGAGGAUGAUUAUUAUGGCACUUUGAGUGAGGUUGCUGCUCCGGGUCCGGUUGAGCCCACAACUGAAGAGGAAGAAGCACGGCACGAAUCCCUAGAUAAGAACAUCUCUAGAGCACAUUCGCAGCCUCAACUCGGCAACAAUUGA